GUAUAUAAAACAACGCUUGGAAUUUUUAACAGGGAAACCAAUGCUGGCUCUUCCCGAGCCUGUGUGCGCCUCGGCACACUUCAUACGAUAGAAACGCGCUUUUUCUCCUAGAAAUCGCCAUAUUUGCCUCCCCUUCCCUGCCCCCCCCACCACCCGGCAUUUUUUGUCCAAUUCUGAGAGGAAAACCACACAGGUUUCAAGCCUGCGAACAGGUUAAGGAGUAGAGGUGAGGAGGCAGUACAUUAACAGUGUGGCUGCACCAGCAGAAACGCCAUUAAAAACAAAUAAACCAUAUUAAUCAGCAUCACGGCCUACAUCUCCCCAUGCCCCCCUCCCCUGGGAGCCUGUUGGCUCAGCCCUGCUUGGGGGGCUGUGGCUGAGGUGAAAGCCUGGCUGCUGAGGCAGGGACCGCCACGGCUCUUGGGUCAGCUGGCGCAGCACAGCCGUGGUGAUGCCCACUCGCUUUCUUCAUGGCAAUAUACACCUUUAACAAGUUUCUUCUGCUGGCUGCAACCCAGCGGUCCAGCUCGCACGCUGCUCCUGUGGAGUUCAAACCAGCUGGCCGUGUUUUAUUGGCUCCUCUGGGGCUACCUUCCAUCGCACCUGCCAGUGUGGACCCCCAGGGCUGUGCCCGUGGCACCCACCCGCACUCCAUGAGAGGUGGAUGUGCCACAGGCCCUGUCUGUAAGGAGCCGGUUGUGGGGUGCAGCUUUAGAGCCACAUCCAGUCAGGGAGGAAGGGGAGUGGGGAAGGGCGGCGUUAGCCAUGUCUGAGCCAGCAUGUGUAGGAACUCGUGUGAUGGAGGCAGAUGCAAAGCCAUGCAUGCCCCUCCCUGGGACUACAGCUGUGUGUAUCCUUCAGUGCGUGUUUCGAGCCGUUCCUGUGGCUGCUCUCGCAGCCUCUUUAUAAUUUCUGAUUGCUGAGAGGAGCAGAAGUGGCUUUCCAGCCAGCUCACCAGCUCCUCUCCUGCUACAGGCUGGGGCAGGCUCAGAAUCGGGGCUGGGGAAGCAAUCACUAAACAAAACCCUUUUGACUUUGUAUUUCUACUGCAGGAAGAUAAUUUUUCUCAUCAACCCCACUGCAUGACUCUGGGUCACAUUUAGAAAAGAAUAUCAAGGAACAUGUCACCCUGUGUAGCCCUUCAACCAGGUACAUUCCCUUCUUCCCCUCCCUGCUUCGCUAACUGGAGAGAAAUACCUGAAGAAUUCACUUUGCUCCUGCAGUAAUGAUAAUCCUGUCACUCACACAGCCUCUGGCUUUCAUUAGCUUGGGAAACAUGAGCGACCAAGAGAGGAAGAAGAGCCCUCCAGACCUUUUCCUCUUUUGGGCAGGUGGGAAGGCACUUUACAGGCUGUAGGAAUUCCUUUGUUUUCCCUUUUGUUAGAGGGAUUGUUUGGGCCUAGGCAGGGCUUGGCAAGGUUGGGUGUGUAAAUAUGAGAGGAUACCAGAAGGAAAUGAAGCUGUAAAGUGGGAUUGUUGGAGACCAUGCUCAUUUCUUUGGCAGCACGCUGCAUGGGAAGUGUGUUGCAGCAGGCAUUUGAACAGGCUCGGGGGUGCUUGGACCUGUGGCCUGAAGUCUGGCAGGUCUCAAAAUUUUCUAUGUUCUCACUUCUUACUCCUUUUUUAUUGUGCAGAAGUUAGCUGGGACACACACCAUAUCCCAUUUCACUAUCUGGGAAAAGUAGAUACUUUAUAUCCCCGUUUUCCUCCCCAGCUCCUCCUCUGUUCUAAACUCCCGGUCACAAAACAUCACCUUCCCCUCUUUCACACUGACCAAGCUCCAACUCCUCCUCAUAUGCAAAACUGCAUGUGUCAAGGCUAGAAACGUUUCCAAGCAGAAGAAAGAAUCCUUUACCCAGUUUCCUCCAGUUUCUUAAUGUAAGUAUCUCCCAAUAGACUACUCUUGUAAAUUUUCUGUUCUACAAACCAUAUAAUACGAUCUAUCACUAGCAGCGCACUGUAGCAAAGGUGGCACCAGAAUGAACAUCAAACUUGUCUCUUCCUGGCGUUUCCUUUUAAAUGACAAAAUCUGUAAACCCUCAUAUCUCACUGAAUUUCUUUCUCACAUCUCACUGGAUAUCUUUUCUUUGUGGGUUCUCCCUGCAGGGCUGUCUCCCAGCGUUAAGGGUAUGGCAGAGCAGAAACAAUCUGUAAUACCCUUUUCCCAAUACUUUCUUAUCAAGUAUCCAUUACUCACCAUGGAGGAGGACAUGGUACUGGGCUAGGUGUGACCAAAAUGGUAGAUCUACUCUUCCCAUGCUUAGAUCCGACGGGAGUUUACCUCCUUUCUUAAAUAAUCCUGGUUAUCUGAAUUUUCCAACAGGGUCUUGAACACCCGAGAUGCUGAAUUGACAGUUUUGAAUAGGAUGGCAGAAUUCACUCAGUACCUGAAACAUGCACCUGCUUGGGAAGCCUGUCUUACUGCCAGUAUCUGGUACACCAGGAGAAAGCAAUUCCCAUCCUAUAUGCAUGUUAACGUUCCUGGCUAAUACAGAAUGGAGUGGAAAGGAUGUUAGGAGGAUCACCAGCCUCUAUCCAAAGACUUUUGCUACCCUUCCCUUCUCUGGGCUGGUUGUAUUGCCUUCACUGGCGAGACCUAUACAGUCGCAGAGAAGGAUUUGCCUUUAGACUACCCCCUCUUUGGUUACUUUGCUAUUACAGUCCAUUUCUGGGCCACAGUGACAGCUUUAAGUACUUCCUUGCCAUUAGAUGGCAAUGUAGAUCCACAAAUCCUCUUUCUUCCUUGAGCCCCUGGAAAAUCAUCCUGCUGCUGGUGGAAUGGCUGGUAGAGCCUCAAAUCUUCUAUUUCCACCCACCUCACCUUUUAAGACUGAGGGAUCCUGAAUUUGUUUUGCCUGCAAACGAAUAGAGCUGGCUGCCUGGGAUGCCAGCUCCUCUGGAGUCCUCAGUGGCAUGAGCACUCACUCUCUCUCCAUCUAAGGCCCUCCUUAGUGCACAGAGGUCUUUUUUUAUUCUUCCAGAGAUUAAUUCAUUUGUCUCUUGUUUUGCUUUUUCCACAAGCGUUUUGCUGUCUUGCUUGUUUCUCAGCUUAUUGCCAAACCUGGCAGGCAAGUGAGUCAUGGGCUGCUGCAGGCCAAACCCUGGAGGAUACAGACUUCCUAGGGUCAUGAAUCUCCCAUCUGGGAAGUUAUAAAGAACUGCAGUGAGAAAUAACUACCACCGCAAAAUGCUUUCCUCCAUAUCCAUUUUUCAGCUUUCCCAUUGUCUGCACUUGACUGGUUCAUUUAACAUGUGCGUUACUGGGUUUUUUCCCUUCACAUUUCCUUUUCCACCAGAAAAUGACACCAACUCACAUCCAGCUUUUGCUCAGAAAACUUGCAGGUUCGUGUUCCAAAACCAGGCAAGUAUGCUCCUUCAAAGCAGAAUAUACAUAGCUUUAUUCUGCAGCCUGUUUAAGUUCAAUCCUAGGCCAAACAGAGUCCACCGGCUCCCAGUAAUGCAAUAUUGAUGCUGGGCAGCUAGCCAGGGAAGUUGCAGGGCCUUUUGGAGUCUGGUUUGGACACUGCAGCAGGAUCCGUCUGACUUGGUAACUUCAGCUUUGUUAGUGGCAGAAAUCCUCACUUGUACCCAAACCAAUGAAACUAGCAUCAAUCCCCCUUUUUGUGAGAUCUUUUUUUAAAAAAAAUCUGUUAUACUGCCAGAGCAGAUGGAGAGCUCCUGAUUGUGGUCUAGAACAGGGCAGGAUGACAGGGAUGUUUUCCCCUGUGCCAGGCAAGGGUGGGAGAUUGUGGCUGGGUACUCAGUGGAACAGAGGCCAUUUGGCCUGGGAACACAGGACCCUGUAGCUUGACAAGCAGAUGACAGGGCAGGGUCAGUGCAGAAACUGUCACCUUCCCUCAUCACUCACACCUCCCGUAUACCUUAAUAUAAGCACCUUUCAGCUUUUCUGGAUUUUCAAUGGUCUAAACAAUGAAGAUUUUUGCCCUAAUCUCCAGGAGAAGUGCUCCUCCAUCAUAGAAAGGCUCUCUUUAUUCCUGGUGUGCAAGAAGUUAACAAUAUUCCUAAGUAUUCUUGCAGAUGUGAGCAGUAUGCUGUAGAUAAGUUAUAUCAGGAGAAAGUGUUAUCGCUUGGGCUUACAUAUUUUGUGCUUAUCCGUUGGACUCUAAAAAGCUUUUGCAUUUAAUUACCCAUUUCUCAGAGCAUUUAUUAAUAAUUUAUGAGUGCUUUGUUAGUUUGCUGUAGAUUUAACUUGACAUAUAAUGUGAGCCCAGCCAUUUAAUAACCAAGCACAUCUGAGGAAAGCGCUGGGUGACAGGAAAGGCCUUACUCAUCCCUGCACAUAGUGGUACAGCUCUAGUGGGGGCCUCUGGGUACUUCAGGAAUAUAAAUACUAGUGCCUUAAGCUGCCCCAUCACCCAAGAUAUCUGGGACGCUGAAUGAAUUAGGUGACAAGAUGCAUAUUGGGCUGGAGAUUUCUAACCUUAAGUUAUCACUGCCAAGCUUUGCAGUUUGUCCUGCAUGGUCAUUCACUUCCCAGCCCUGUGCUCCCCAGCACCUAGUGCGGGUCUCAGAGCUCACGAUGCUGCAGCCUUCCCUCUGUACCAUCAGUUAAUGGAGCAGGAGGAAAAUCAUGGGGUAGAGAAUGUGCCCACCGGCAGAACUGUGUUCUUAGGGGAGCUUAACAAAAAGCCUCUCUCCAGUACCCAGUGUUGCACAGUUGCAGUCGUAAGCAUGAUCAACCUGACAAGGGCAGUCAUCUCUCACACUUCAUCCCUUGUGGUCUAUCUGCUCUCAAACACAAACUCACCCCAAACAAACAUCAGAGGAAAAUCCUCAGUGUUCAGCAUUACUGACUGCAAGCCCUGCAAUCACAGAGCUACAGAAAACAGCGAAGUAUCUUCCUUAACAGAAAGACGAGCACUAUCAGAGUGGUUUCCUCAAAGACUUACAGUCUCUGCCAGAGAAAUCAGGGUCAAAUUUUCCCCACAUAUUGCAAUUUCCCUACAAUUGCUACCAGGAAAUAAAGAAACCUUUAUUUCCUUAUAGAGCAUCAUCCCACUUCUCUGUUGUCCUCUGCAAGGAGAGCAGCACAAGUAGCAAAACACAGCCACUGCCAAGCAAACCCAACAAAAAAACCCCCAAUAUCUAAGAAAUGAGUGUCUGUAUUCUGGCAUUAUAAGGAGACCAUAUAAGGCCCAGGUUGAUCUCAACCACCUUGAGACAUAUUAAUGAAGCACCUAAUUUAGGCAGGUGUUUCUCUUUUGCUCUAGUCAAUGGAGUAAGGCAGCUUUGAGAACAAAAAAGGAGACAAUGUUUUAUAAAUGCUGUUGCUUUAUUUCUUCCCCCCUCUAAAAAAAUAAUAGCCUACCUGGGUUCUAAAUUGCUUUUCAGGCUUCCUUAAUGAAUGCUUCUCUGAAUGUCUGCAUGUCUUCCGUUUGCCCUCAAUAUGGGCAAAAGCCUAGGUCAGUAAGUUUUUAUUUGAUUUGUAAAUAAUGCCAGAGUGACACAUUAUCACAGAUCCUCAGAACUCUGACUCCAUGUCUUGUCCUCCAGAUAUGACAUGCCAGAGACAUCAUCCACGUAGGCUGGCAAGGUGCAGGGUAGGGGAUGGAGAUUAAAAUAACUUUGAGGAAAGACCAUCUAGAACUUUAUCCUGUACCUCUGUUUAGCCCACAAACCAUCAGAAGCUGAUGAAAUAAUUGCUCUGGACAGGUAAUAAAACAUCCUCCAGCAAAACUAAAGUACUUAAUAUACUGCCCAUGUCAAUUUCCCUUAUUUCUGCUGUCCUCUUCCUUUUAAUAAUGGUUUAAUGAAAAAUUCAAAAUUAAUUGGAACUGGCAUUAGACAUUCACAUGUUCCAGGGAGGUCUUCACUGCUUCAAUAUUUCAUAAGCUGACUUCACUACUAUGCUUCUCCUUACCUUGGAUUUCAUAGGCUAGAAUAUCAUCUCUUUUCACAAAAUGAAGGCUCUCGAUAUGGGCAGAUAGGGGUAUGUGAGAAAAGUUUGCAACCACAUUAUAGGCAAAGAAAUAAAAAUGAUAGCUGUGUGUUUUUCUUCUGCCACCGUCCCCCCUUUCUAUGUAACGAUAAGCAUCUGAGCCUUGACUGGAAAGAGCUGUCCUAAAAAUAAACAGGAGCUGUCUGAAAGGUGUCUGAGGGAGGUAUCUGGCAGCUGUCAGGCUGUCACGUAUGCUAGAAGGAUGGAGCUGAUGGACUUGCUGACACCAGACGGGCUCGGCUGAAAUGAGAAUGCCUUAUGCUUCCCUUGGCACUCACUGGGCAAAUUCUGUUGGCCGGAGCCAUCAGACCUCAGUGCGUCUGGGGCUUGCUCCAGUUCUGGCUGCCGUCAAUGAAGAGUCUGCCCUUGGAUGGCAGUGGGAAUUGGAUCAGACCCUUGCUUUACACCAGGGAUGAAUUUUGGCUCCCCAAGUGAAUGUCACCCCAGUAGAGAAGGAUACACCAGGCCCCAGGCUUCAAAGUUUCUGUAGGUCUCUGAAAAUGAGACCUCUCACUGAGAUGCCUAGAUAUGGGAACUGGAGGCUAACCUGUAACAUUUUUUGUUAUAACAGCCUUACACCACUCUAUGUCUCAGUUUCUCUUUCUGAGGUGGUGGUGUCCUGUCUUCAAGAAGAUCACUGAUGUAUCUGUACACCCAGGCAUUUUUAAAUGCUUCCAGACUAACUACUGUGCUAAAAGCUGUUCCUAAUUCCCACAAGGCGCUUAAUGGACACGUUAUCCCAUGCAGCAGUCAUGAGAUAAGCAAAAAGAAACACAAAGGCAUGACAUUACUCACCUUAAGCCUUUGCAGCAACUCAGUAGCAGAGUGAGUGGCCAAGAAUUCUAGUCCCCACCAAAGCAAUCAUACCUUUACAGUGACUGAAUCUGGAAAGAAAAUCUUGCUAGCAGAAGCUUCAGUCCUUCUCAAGUGCACAGGGAAAUCACUGCCUGUGGUGUAACUGAAGAUACCUGCUGCUGUUCUUGGCAGAGAUGUAAUGUGCUGGGGAGGAAAAAAGAAGGGAGGUGCGAAGAUAGGGUGGAAACCUCCUUGUUUCCCAGUGGAAGAGUGGAUACCUCUCUUGUUCUCAAUGGGAGCUGACUGCUGCUGUAUCUGAAAAAUCUGACUGUUUUGUUAUCUAAUGGCCAAAAGCAGCCCCUUUUUAGUGAAGAGCAGACUCUGAAGUCAACUAUCUUGCAGUACAUUGGUCUGAAAAUACCGGACUGUGGUGAGAAGAAUGGACAAGGGAAUUAAUUCCUAUAGGGCUUCAGGAAAUUACCUAUAAGAUAAGAAGGUGACUUGAUCUUUUUGAGAAAAAGAAAGAAAAGACUUCCUUAUCUUGAUGUUUGCUCUGAAGUAUCAUCUUGUGACUGCCAGAGUCUGCCUUGCAGGAUCAUUCAAUUACAGCUGGCUCUCAUGGCUGGAAUCACUUCCUUCCAUUUGGAGGUAUCGUAUUUACCGAAGUAUUGCUUGUUCCUCUUGGUAUUCUGAGGCCUCUGUUGCUGCCUGUUUGCAUGAUGUGCCUGCAGCCCCGUGAUGCUGGUCCCACUCACGUGGUAGGGCAGGAUACGAUCAGCCCUUCAAUUAGGCAGGGAUAUGAAACGAAGAGGAAAUCAAGAUGAUGAACCAGUGAGGAGCACGUGUGAGCCAAUAUUAGAUAUCUGAUGGUAUCACAAGCAAUGAAUGAGUCCUACCCCUUCUGGAGGGUCCAGUCUGUAUGCCUACAAGAACUAUAUAGCUCUCCUAGGGGGAAACUGCCCUGCACUAAUGAUCAGCCUGGCUCUGGCUCUCCCCCAUGAGGAAUUUUUCACUAUGCAGAGUGCUUUUCUUCAUCCACAUUAAAUAGCUGUGAGGUUCCUCAACACGUACUUUGUUGAACUGGUCUACUCCACAGCUGGCAGCUUUUUAGAACAGGAGACAUGAGGUUACUAAACCCCAUUCAUCUCUCACAUGUACCCACAUUUCUAAUGGCUAUGGAGAUCCAGCUUUAAAGUCCUCUGAGAGCUACUGGAAUGAAGAGCACUUUGUGAAGACAUUGUAAUUAUUAUGGGAUUUAGGGGUGUGUGGAAAUGAUUCACGGAGAAGUUUCCCAGCCAGCAGGCUCCUCGAGCCAGGUGAGCUCUUCCCUGGAAUGUGAAGCAUGCAGCGCAGCAACUGGGAGGAACAGGUUUGGCAGGACAUUUUAAGUUGUUCACGGCAGACAGCCUCUUCAGAGCCACAUCCCUGCUUUACCAACCUCCCAGCUGGAUGCUCCGCUCUGCCACACUGGCCUGGGUGAGCUGGAGAGGAUGGACACACUGCGAAGGAGCCUCUCUCGCUGGAAGAGGUACCACAUUAAGGUGCACCUGGCUGAUGAGGACCUGAUGAUGCCCUUGACAGUCAAGCCCAGAGACACAGUGAUGGACCUACGGGCUCACUUAGUACGGGAGGGUGUCACUUCCUGGAAGAAGACAUUUUAUUACAACUCCAGGCAGCUCGAGGAGCACGAGACUCUCAAAGAAGCCAAUAUCCAGAAUGGCUCUGUCCUGCUUCUUGUCAGCAACAAAAGGUAAUGCCAAAGAGCACAGCCAAAGCCAUGAGGGAUGGGGAGUGUGACAAGGGCUGAAGGGAAGCAGAUGGAAGAGAGCUUGGCUGUGGAAAGGCAGCCCAGCCACCAGUGUUUGGUAAGUCCCUCCCUGCAUGCCAGCUCAAGGACUGUUCAGAAAGCAGCUCCUAGUGUUUUCAGCACAGUGCUCAUGAAUAAUUAACCCAAACAAAACAACAAAUAACGUUGCCUCAUCAGCAUGCCAUGCGGUCUCAACUGCCAAAGGAGAAGUACGGGUAAGACUGAUUCAGCUCCUGAGGGCAGCGAAUCAGAGUGAAAUGCCCAUGAAAGGGUGACUUCUGCCUGGGUGAUGAAGCAAGAAGGAGCUGAGGUCGACUUUGCUUAGGGCCCUAGAUGGGGACAUUGGACAUUUGAGCCUCCUUCCAAUUCUCACAGGAUUCCUCAGUAAAUCGGUGAUCUUGGCCUACAUUUAAGUCUGAGAUAAUUUAUUCUUCCCUUUCUUCUACUCUUUGUCAAUCCACCUAUAAGUGACCCCGGUUAGGGACUGUCUGGGCUUCUGAGCAGCUUCUAUAAAAUGGGGCCCUGAUUUCUAAGUUGAAGGCUCUGUACAGCAAGGAAGCGGUAAGUGCACUAUGGACAGUCCUGGAGCUUGACAGCCUUUAUAUAUCCAAAGGACAGAGACUGGUUGGUCGCUGCUACAGCGACUAUCUCACCUGACAUUAGAGACCCACUGUUACAUCAAAACUGCCUUAUAUUUGAGCCUGGGUUUAUGAUGCAAUGAGCCUUCUUGUGUUGUUCUUUCACCUGUGUACCAGUACCCCCCCCAACUCCAUAAACUUCUGAAUCAGCUGUCCUGAUUCAACCCAGCUCAAUGGAAAGAAAAGGUCUUACAGACCCAAGAUUCCUGCAGUUUUCAUGAAAAAAAGCAGCUGGAAAGAAGGCAGACAUUUCAAGUUAAUAUCCUACUGAAGGAAAGGUAAUUACACCUCUUGCUCCCUACCUGUUUUAAGAUGCAGUGGCCAGGUGACCAGCUGGCAUUUAGAUACCGGCAGGUCAAUCAGCACUUGCCUAGCUUCAAGCCAGCUCCUGCACUUGCUGCCCCUUGCCUGUAAAGUGAGAAGCUGUUAGAAGAGAUGAGGACUUUGCCGGGGAGGUCUGGAGGGGAUAAGGGUGCCCUGGGGAUAUUACAGUGUGCUGGGAGCACCAAGAAAGGGAGAAAGAAAAAGCAGUUGUAAUACACAAAUCAGAAGGAGAAUUGGUUUUGGCACUUUCCUGUUCACAGAACAACUUGAUUUGUAUGUUCAAACUUAUUUUCAGGACAAAAUGGAUGUUUCUCUAACCAUUACAGUACUUUCCCCAGAAAAUCUCAGUGACUGGAAACUGUCUCACCAAACCUCCCAAACCUGCAUUUUCUGUUUCUCAACUGAAAAACUCACCUUUCUGGACUUGUUUGGCAAUGAGAAAACAUUUGAUUCUUUUUUUUCAGCAGAAGUGUUUGAAGAAAUUCUAUUGAAAAUGGAGCUUCUUAUUUUCCAGUUUUCCUUUUUUUUCCUCCUAGGAAUAAAAAUACUUCCCCAAGUGCUUCCUUGGACUUUGGACAGAAAAAAAGUCUAAGACAGACAAAGACGUGAACAUAGUCACAGCUGAAGAUCUUCCAGUCCAAGAAACUGAGACGGACAAAGAGUGGGAUGGGAUUAAGCGUGGGGAGAAGGAAUGUGACUUUUCCCAAGGUCAACCAACCAGCCAGGCACACAGUGGAGAGUGUGCUGGUGCUGUUGGGUCAGCAUUUCUGCCACUUGACCAUGCGGCGCCUCUGCGUGUCUGUCUGUCCUGAAAUAAUGAGUUUCUUGGAGCAGAGCCAGUACUUCCCUGAGUGCUUGGAAAGUGCCUCGCACAGCCCUAGGUGCAGUCAUAAAUAAUAUUUUAAAUGAUAAUAAUAAUAUUCAAGUGGAGACGUGCCACUGAAGAUGGGACACACUCAGCAACAGAGUCCUAAAUCUAUGCCCCUCUUCUGGUAAAAGGUACAGUUUGGCUCACAAAGCCUGGGAGACCAGUAUUUGCUUCUCUGGACCCGAUAAUCACAGUCUUUUGCUCUGCAGAAGGCAAAGUGACCUGAGUUGAAUUAGGUCUAAUAUCUACUCUAACACCUCAUGUCUGUAGCUGGCAGCUCUGGUCAGCUCUGGAAGGCUUUUUGCAGCUCAGGGGGAUAGCUGGAAAGAGUAAAUUAACUGUGAUGGUGUGGGGAGCUGCCUGGACUAAUGUUUUUUUCAGAGAUAGGCUCUGAUUGACACUUCAGAUCUGCCUGACAAUCUUUUAUUCUAAGUGCAGUUGCUGCCCUUCUUCAGAGCAGGAAGAGCUGGUUUGGUUGCUGUCCUUCAAAUGAUGGAUCUUAUCACAUGGGAAAAGGAAAACAAAACCCACCAAACCACCUGGAAACAGCCACAGGUACAGCAUAAAAAGAG